AUGAACACAUUAUUCAAUACCGCACUCAAACAAUCAACCUCCCUCCGUCGAGAUCUCUCCUCUCUUUCUCCACCCGAAUCACAAUCCCUCACACCAUCUCUCCUUGGUCAAAUAUCCUCAUCUCUCACCUCCUUCUCACGAACUCUUGAAUCUUACGCUUCCCUUCAAUCUACCGAACUGAAUCCAUCCAAAAAGGAAAAAGCUCAUGAACGACUGAUAACAUUCCGAUCUGAACUACAAGAUUAUCGCUCUCAGUUUGCAACACUCAAGUCGCAGAAUGAAGACAAUCAAACUCAAAUAGAUAGAGGCGAACUGCUUGGAAGGAGACCACAUCAUGCAUCGACACCCGAAAAUCCAUAUGCAAAUACAUCAAGUGCGACUGCUGCUCGAGAUAGUCCAUGGAGAAGAGAAGGUGGACCCGGUGGAAGUGUUAGUCAACUUUCUAUGAAUAGUGGAGAUUAUACGAGGGAAACACAUGCUCUAAGAGAACAAUCCUUCUUUCAGAAUACGCAUAGUGCAUUGGACGAAUACUUGGCUCGUGGGCAAGCGGUAUUAGGUGAUCUAGGACAACAGCGAGAUAUGUUAAAAGGGACACAGAAGAGAUUAUAUAGUGUCGCAAACACUUUGGGUGUAUCUGGUGAUACUAUUCGAAUGGUUGAGAGACGUGCGAAGCAGGAUAAGUGGAUAUUUGGAAUUGGGGAGUUUGAGCGUGGAGUCUGGAGUCUGGAGUCUGAGUCUGGAAAGUAUCCAUUCGGUUCAAAAGGGGGUGGGGCUGCUGUAUAA